AUGGCCACACGACCGCUGUUGACUGGAAAAAACUUUCUUCGAGAAGUUCGCGCCUGGCGGCUUUUGCAGACUCCAACAGUUGUCCGUGGCCCAGGUCUACACGUCGAGAUCGAUGGAUGGAAAAUAUCUCGCCGUAAAAACCACGCAGGUACUUUGGAUGGAACGUAUAGUGUCAUACCGCAGGCGAAACUACCAGGGAAGUUAGAACACGUAGCAAUCUCGUUCCAGUGUGAAUUAACAGCUGACGAUGGGGCAAUCAGAAAAGAUGCAAUGAGAUGCUCUGGAUCGAUUUCAGCCAAUCAGAAUGGGGAUGACGCCGCAAGUCGUGUGGUCACAGCCCAGCGUAACAACCAGCGCAUUUCAACCAAUCAGAAUGUGGAUGACUCCGUAUGUCGCGUGAUCGCGAUCCAACCUCCUUUCGGAGAUGAAAAUCUUUUUGUUAUCAGUUGUCCCUCUGGAUUCACAGGCCCGUCUGAGGGCACUUUGAGCUUCCUCGCAGUAGUCCCCGGAAUGGGUCAUUCAUUCUUCAUAUACCUUUCUAUUUGGCAAAAAUUGACUUAUCUGCUUGGAGUUCGGAUUCAGUGA